CAAGACGGUAACUUCCGGCUACUGUUUCCGCCUGCAGCUCCCAACAUGGCGGCCCCUAAGGAGAAGGAUUCACGGCCGGGGAAAAGUUCUGGAAAAGAAUCGCAGCCGCUAAUCAUCGCAAAGACUGCGGCGGAGGAGCAGAAACUUAAACUCGAACGGUUGAUGCGAAACCCGGACAAGCCUGCACCCGUGCCUGAAAGACCCAAAGAGUGGCAGCCCCGCGCCCCCCCGGAGUUCGUGCGUGAUGUUAUGGGCUCCAGCGCCGGCGCCGGCAGCGGCGAGUUCCACGUGUACCGGCACCUGCGGAGGCGGGAGUACCAGCGGCAGGAAUUCCUGGAGAGGCUGAGCGACAAGCAAAGGCUGGAUCUUGAAUACCUUGAAAAAUUAAAGGAAAAUAAGGAGAAGGCGGACGAGCAGACAGCUAAACGCAGGAGGAAGAGGGAGAAGCUGAAGCAGAAGAAGCUGAUGGCCAAGCAAGCCAAGCAGGAGGAGAGGAGGGCUGACGAUUCUACUAGCGAAUCCAGCAGCGAGCAGGAGGGUGUGCAGGAGCGGGAAGCUGAGGAUGACGCCGAGGUCCCCAGCUUUGUGAUGGGCCACAGGUGACCAUCCCCUGCAGCGGUCCCUGAUCACGGCCUGGGGGUCACAUUCAGAGGGCAGCCAGGAAAACUGGCCCUGAUUCGUUUCUCGGAUCCCGGACAGCCUGAUUGGUUGAGAUGUUUCCUGCCAGUGGAAACAGGACAGUGGUGGAGUUCAAGCUUUUUUUGGUUUGUCAGGAUCAUGUCUGAUCGGCAACCGGAUGUUUGGUCGUUUAUUUUGAGGCUCUUCCUGGCAUUUUCUUUGUGUCACAUGACUGUUCAGAAUUCAUCGGGGUUUGACAUGACCCCACAGAUUCCUACCAUUUGUAUGUGUGUAUAUGCAUUCAAUAAAGACGUUAAGUACCUUUUGCAAUUCA